AUGGGCCUGCUCGUGGAAGGUAGUCCGCUGGACUGGCCGGAUGCCUUGGAGUGGCUGCAGCACGUGCGCACACAGGGAAUCGACCAGUUCCUGCACACCUACAACCGUGUCAAGGACAUCGAAGGCGACGAGCUGAAAUGGGGCGACGAGCUCGAGUACGGCGUGUUCCACAUGGAUAAGGAGACGAAGCGCGCACGUCUGGCACUGCGUGGUGCCGAGAUCUUGCGCCAAUUGCAGGCCAAAGAGAAGAAAUCCGAGGAGCAGGGUCGCGACCCCGGAAGUCCUAAUGCCACCUCCGGGCCUUGCGUAGACGGAUGCAACUGGGUGCCUGAAUACGGCGCUUGGAUGAUUGAGGGCACGCCCAGCGCGCCCUACGGCGGCUUCACCAGCGACCUGCGCAAGGUCGAGGGCAACAUGCGCCUGCGACGCGCACGACUCCUGGCGCUGCUGAACGAGGACGAGAUUGCGCCAUCCGUCACGGCCUUCCCCAUGAUGGGCGUGGGUGACUUCACCGUGCCGCCCAGUCAGUCACACGGUCCAGUAGCCAUAUCGGACUACAUUAGCGACGACAUUAUCAAUCCGCACCCGCGUUUCGCCACGCUGACGAGGAACAUUCGUCAGCGUCGCACCAGGAAGGUGGACAUCCGAGUCCCGAUCUUCCGUGACGUCUACACAGAGGCGAGACAGGAGGAAGAGCAGGCGACGUGGAAUGCUGAGAAGUCGCGACCUAAGUACGAGACCAAGAAGGACGCAAGUCCGUACGACUCGGCGCCCACGUCGCCGAGCUCGACAUCCAACUCGGAGGACAACGCCGAGUCCAAGUCGCCCCCGGCUCCAAUGAGGAAGACGCUGGACAGCGAGCUCAAGUCCAUUUGCAAGGUCGGAGACCACAAGGCAGAGCCGUAUCCAGGCUUCAUUCACAUGGACGCCAUGGCGUUCGGCAUGGGCAUGUGUUGUCUACAAGUAACGUUCCAGGCCAAGAAUGUUGGUGAGUCGAGACAUUUGUACGACCACUUGGGAGUUCUUUCGCCCAUUUUGUUGGGUUUGACGGCUGCUACGCCCAUCCUGAAGGGCCGAUUGGCUGACACGGACGUGCGUUGGGCUACAAUCUCCGCUGCAGUGGAUGAUCGUACGCCCCAGGAGUUGGGCGAGGCGCCGCCGUCGUCAGACCCGGAAACCCAAGCGAAAUACGCCAAAAUGGCUGGCAAUGGCGUCAAGCGCUUGCCCAAGUCUCGAUACGAAGGCAUUUCGACCUUCAUCUGCAACCACAAGCAAGGUGAGGACCCGCAUACGUCUACAGACAAGUACAACGACGUCGACGUACCGUACGAUGAGGAAUCGUACAAGACUCUGAUCAAUGCAGGCGUGGAUCGACUGCUGGCGCUCCAUAUCUCGCACUUGUUCAUCCGUGACCCAUUGGUUAUCUACAAACAGCGUCUGCAUCUGGACAAUGAGCAUGAAACAGACCACUUCGAGAACAUCCAGUCCACGAACUGGCAGACUGUGCGCUGGAAACCUCCUCCGCCGGCCCCGUCCAGUGCUGAGGGUCCUCACAUCGGCUGGCGCACGGAGUUCCGCUCGAUGGAGAUCCAACUCACGGACUUUGAGAACGCAGCCUUCACGGUGUUCAUUGCUCUGUUGUCGCGUGUGAUCCUCACGUUCGACUUGAACUUGUACAUCCCGCUGUCCAAGGUGAACGACAACAUGGAGGCAGCGCACCGUGUGAACGCUGUACUGGACGAGAAGUUCCACUUCCGUUGCCACAUGGCUCCACCUGAGGUCGAUGAUUGCGGCUCCACGGGCUCGUGUAACCUGCACGACGAUCCUGAUCGCUCUGAGCUCAUGACGAUCGCGGAAAUUAUGCUGGGCAAGGGCUCGUACUUCCCUGGUCUGAUCCCGCUUGUGUACGCGUAUCUGGACCACAUUGAAUGCGAUGAAGCCACCCGGACGCUCGUGGAGAAAUACAUGUGCCUCAUCGCCAAGCGUGCGACGGGUGAACUACCGACGGCGGCCACUUGGAUGCGUCGCUUUGUUCGCGCACACCCGGACUACCGUCACGACUCGGUGGUGCCCCACUCGACAGCGUUCGAUCUGUUGAAUGAAUGUCAGCAGAUUGGUGAGGGGUUGAAGCAGUGUCCGGAACUACUGGGCGAGUUCAAGAUCGCUCCUGUGCGAGGCCAGGCUGCUUAUCGUGUGCCGUUGAAGAGCAGCGGAGUCGCGGCCGAGAAGCGCCAGGCAUUGCUGCAGCGAUACCUCGGACGUACCUCAUCGAACGCGUGUAGUACCUGCCACUGCUAA